UUGGCGAAACCUAAGAGGGAUAAAGGGUAAUUCGGCAAUUGCUCGAUUUUAUCUGCAUAGCUCUGGAUUGAUGGGCUUACCUUCAUUCAAUGACUUUGAAUCUUGUGUUUCUCUCGAUCUAUCUAACAAUGAGAUUAAUUUUGAUCGUCGAACCAUCCAAAGAAUUGUCCGGUAUCUUCCAUCUCUUCGCUUUUUGGACAUUUCUGGGAAUCCAAGUCAUCAUUAUCCAGACUUUCGUUGGACAGACAGAUGGUCUAAAGUUGCAAUGGUUAAAACUCGUUGCUCUGAUGAAACUAGUCCAGUAAAAAUGGCAAUGUCAAACAAAUUUUUGAAUGAUUUAAGUGCCUUAGCUGUGGUUGAAUUUUAUUCAUCAACAAAAGACAGUCAAAUAGAUUCUAGAAAAGGUGUUCUAAUUGGAUUAAUAACUGGCGAUCCAAAUGCUGGCCAACUUGCUUCCAACUUGAAACGAAUCUUUGAAGCUGAAUUAAUGUGUUCUGAAACUUGGGGAUCUUAUAUGAAAAACACUAUUCUAUCAUGUUACAAGUUUCUAGACGAAGAGCGAAUUCUAAGGUUUGAGAAGAUGAAGAGCAAUUUAAAAGAAACUGAUGAAAUUGAAAGCAAGGAAAAAUCUAAUGACCAGGAGAAUGCUGAAAAGGAAAACAUUGAGCAAAGCAAUAAAUAUAGUCGCCGAGAAUUGGCUAAUGUCAACAUUAUAUUGUGUCAUCUGGUUGCUGAGUCUGGCAAUAAAGUUAAAUUACGAUUGUCUCACUGUGGGUCUGAUGUUAAAAUACGUCUGGUUAAAGUUUCACCAGCAGCCAACAAUGAUACCAAGAAUCAACAAGAGACAACAACUAGCUCAUCGGAAAAUCAUUCAAGUAAUUCAUCUUUAAAUCUGAUCCCAGGGCAAGAAGCCAAUUAUUCAGGUUCAUCUCAACGGGAAGUUGAUUUGUUUGAAGCCCAUUCAUUUACCAUAACUGAUCCCAUUUGCCAGGAAGUUACACUAACCAAUGAUCAGGAAAUAUUGUUUCUUGGGAUUAAUUUUAUGCUCAAUGAAGAUCGCCAAUUAAGUAAAAUAUUACAAGGCACAGGAUUCUCUCUCCAUGAUAAACUGAAAAGAUACACAGAAUUGGAGUCAAGUGCAAGGAACACUGAUGAUGUUAUUUCCUUAGCUGUUCAAUUAUCUUCUCACCAGACAAGUGAAUCAUCUAUGGAGUUUACCGAGAAAUACAAAAGCUGGGAAUGUAUUGUCACGCAAAAUCAAAAUUUCAAAUUCAAUAGGAGAUUAAUUGCUAUGCCGUUGACCAAAAAUUUGAGUGACAUUAAAAAUUAUUCAGACAAUAAGGAUUUGACUUGCAGUUCAUGAGAAAAGCAAUCGAUUCAUCAGUCAACUUGUCAACUUAAAUUGAGUUACGAUCAAACCUAAUGAAAACAAAUUCCAGGAAUAAUCAAUCACAAUCAAAUUGUAUCAACAUGGACAGCAACAUUACCAAAAUAAUAGUGUUUUACGGGAAAUUGAACGACAAAAUUUUCACUUUGUAGGUCAUAUUUGAUCAAUUAUCAGUCAGUCAAAGAUUGUUACCAUAAUUUAGUUUAAUCAACCUAAUGUAUCAACAGUUAUUGACCUUAACUAUUAUAAUUUGUUGUAAAAUGGAAACCAUAACGAUUCUGAACAAAAAGAUCAUUCAUGAACUUGUUGGAAUACUUUUUUCUCUAUUGAUUACAAUCAAUUCAUUUACUGUUUGAUAAUGAAAAAUGCAUAAACUAGUUGCCCUUGUUCAACAAUUUAUCCCAAACAUGCAAAAACAAAUGUAUUUAGGUUUAUGGUGACAAAAAUGCCUUUUGUGCACAGGUUUCAUUGACCGUCCAAAUCAAUUUAGUACAAUGAAUCAAGUUAAAUGAUGACAAGUAUUUUAUUGCCAAGCAAAACAAAGAACAGAUUAACCUAAACAUUUUGGUGAAGCAAAAAGUAAUUUACAUUUUGCUUCAAUUGAAUUAUAUUAGCUUUUAAAUUCAUUGCCUUUGCAUAUUUACUAAAUAAUGGACAAACAUACAAACCAUUGUAUUAAUUGACUAAACAAGAAUCAAUUGCUGUCCUUGGUUAAUGAUGAAUCGUUAAUUGUUUCUCCUCAUUAGCAUUGUCAUCGUAGCAAUCAGUAAACAAUUUGAUAGAUACACCAUCGUUUUCAGGACUAUUGCCAUUGUUAUUCAAAUGUUUUGCCUCGCUGGAAACUCACUGAAAACACUUAUAAAUACAUAUGGUUAACCAAUUUCGGUGAUCAUAUAAACAAAAUUAUUUGUGCGAGUUGAACCUUAAUUUUUUUGUCAUCAGUGAAUUUAAAAUGUACAAUUGGAUCAAUCAAUCAUCUAAAUUAUUUUGUUACUCUAUCCUUAUACUCUCGGUUGUCUUUAUAAUUGAAAGUGAAGCUCAAAACUGGUGGAGAGUCUAUCGACGCAACAGGUCUUGGGCUUAUCCUCGUUAUCCUUACUAUUCAUAUCGAUCUCCGUACAGUAAUUAUGCCUACGAUGAUUUAUUUGACCCAUUCACGUUUUGGUAACCUUUAAUCAUUCCUUAAUCAUUGUCAAUAUUGUUAAAUAUAACCUUAAGCUAGCUAAAUUUACUCACAACGUUUACCCAUUCAAUAUUUUUACACUGACAUUUUCCCUAAUUUAAAGGUUUAAAACAAUUUUAUAUCAUGAUCAUGAUUCCCCUCCCAAUUAAUUGUAAACUCCUUUUAUAGUCGAAUUUUUGAUAAAAUUUAUUAUAUGACAAAUAAAUAUGUAUCAAUCAAAAUAGGAUUGAUGAUUUAUAAUAAAGCAUAGUUUACAAAGAUAUGUACACUUUAAUUUGUUUUUAUUUACAAUAAUUUCUCGGUUAAUAUU